CUUCUGCGUUUUCUACAAGAGUUCUCACAGCAAACCAUUUCCAGGACUCAUGAAAUCAAAAAGCAAGUAGAUGGAUUGAUUAGUGAAACAAAAGCCACAGACUGUCGCCUUCAUAAUGUCUUCAAUGACUUUCUUAUGUUGUCUAAUACACAGUUCAUAGAGAAUAGAGUAUAUGAUGAAGAAGUGGAAGAGCCUAUUCCUAAAGCUGAUAUUGGAGACAAAACAGAGCAGGAAAAGACACGGGAACAGAAAGAAGCUGAUCUGAUUCCUAAAAUCCAAGAAGCGGUGAAUUAUGGGUUGCAAGUUCUGGACAGUGCAUUUGAACAGCUAGACAUCAAAGCAGGCAACUCUGACUCGGAAGAGGAAGAAAGUAACGAAAGGGUGGAACUGAUACUUGAGCCAAAGGAUCUCUAUAUUGACAGACCUUUACCUUACUUGAUUGGCUCUCAACAGUUCAUGGAACAAGAUGAUGUUGGUCUUGGAGAUCUCUCUAGUGAAGAAGGAUCAGUAGAUAGUGAUCGUGGAAGUGUAAUUGACAGUGAAGAGAAGGAUGAAAAUGAAUCAGAUGACGAAUUUGGAAACCCUAGUGAAGACGACCAAAAGACGAUAAGUGAUGAAGAUGAUUAUGAUGGCUGUGAUCUCUUCGACUCCGAAAAAGAGGAAGAUGAGGACGGAGAGUUAGAUGAAAGCACAAGGCCUAGGCCAACAUCAUUUGCAGAUGAGCUGGCAGCCCGAAUCAAAGGAGAAGUACCAGUCAAACAGGACGAAGAGCAUUCUUCCCUGUCAUCAGAGACCAAAACAAAGAAAACCCUGAAAGAGAAGAAGGAAAUUAGAGUUCCAUCGGAUGAUGAAGAUGAUGACAUCUUCAAGCCUCCUAAGCUGACUGAUGAAGACUUCACACCAUUUGGUUCUAGGGGUGGCCUCUUCAGUGGUGGAACAGGUCUCUUUGAUGAUGAAGAGAGUGAUCUUUUUGCUGAAGCACCAAGAGGAGAAGAAUCAAAAGAGAGAGAGGAACGAGUCCCAGUAAGUGAAGGAGGAAGUGAUGUGUUUAGUUCCACUGUAAUUGUGGAAAAAGACAAGAAGUCUGCAGCACAGAGCACAGAUAAAACUCCGAAACACCCUGGGAAAGUUGUUCUGUUUGAUGAUGAUGAUGACUUCUUUGUGGGAGCAACUAAAAAGCCUCCAGAUCCAGUCAAGUCCACAACUGACCUAUUUGAUGAUGAUGAAGAAAGUGACUUAUUCCACGAAAAACCUGCCAUUCCUCCUGUGGUUUCUGGCACAACUAAAGAAACAGAAAGCCAUAGGGAGGCAGUUAUGGAAAAAAAGAGUCAACCACCUUUAGGUGAGGACUUCAAGCCUUUAUCUGAAACACCUCCAAGAAAACAGAGGGGCCUCUUCUCUGAUGAGGAGGAUUCUGAAGACUUGUUUUCUUCAAGUAAAACUGUGAAGUCCAAAUCUACAUCUCUCCCCACCAGCAAGUCCAUGACAAAAGCUCCGCUCUCCUUGUUUGAUGAUGAUGAAGAG